AUAGUGGUGCAGCUGAAGCAAAUAAAAGAAAACGUAGUUCCAAAAAUAAAGUGGCCGUCGUCUCAUUUUAAACGAAUUAUAAGUUCUGCCCGCUGCGCAGCGCUCAACAGAAGCCAACAGCAACAGUCGUUGUCACUGCAGUUGCAGUCGCCAACGGGUCAGCAGUCAGCAGGCCCCGAACGGCGGCAACAAAUCGAAGCCACAUAAAAAGAUUAUUGAAUUGUGUUGUGGACGCUGCUGCCGCCGCGGCGUCAGCUGUUAAAUAGUUAUUGGCAUGUCCUACUUUAUGCACAGUGCAAGCAGUGAUUUGGUUAAUCUCAAUGUGGGCGGUCAACGCUUCUCCACGUCACGGCAAACGCUUACGUGGAUACCGGACACCUUCUUUACGGCACUUCUCAGUGGCCGCAUCUCGAGCUUGAGAGAUGAGCACAACGCCAUCUUCAUUGAUCGCGAUCCGACGCUCUUCUCCAUUAUUUUGAAUUACUUGCGGACCAAAGACAUUGACAUCAAGAACUGCGAGAUUCGUGCUCUGCGUCAUGAGGCCGAGUAUUAUGGGAUUACACCACUGACCAAGCGUCUGGCCUUGUGCGAGGAUUUGAAUCACUCCUCGUGCGGAGAUGUACUCUUCUAUGGAUUUCUCGCGGCGCCCGCCAUGCCGCCCAACGAUGCGUUGCAGGCCACUGUGGAGACUGCCUCAACAAGCAGUCCCAUGGAACCCCUGCCCACUUCAUCGGGCGCAGCACGACCUGGUUCCAUGGUGCGGGUGCCAGAGACCUCGUCAUCCUCUUCGCGCCACUCGUCGUCGCAUUCACGCAAUUCAUCGUGGGAUCUGCGCUGUGGACGCGCGUCGAACAGCGCCUCCAGCUCCAAUGCAGCACCUGUUGCUCCGCCAGCCGCGUGGAAUCCAGUAGGUGGACACUCGCGCAACGCUUCACUGGACUUUAUGCGCCACUCACGCAACUCGUCGGCUGACUUGAACAAGGUGAUACGGAACGAAGUGGGCCUAGUAUUUAGCCCCACACAGAGCUCGAAUUGGACGCCCCCGCUGCGCGUGCAAAUCAUCAAGGCACAUCAGAACUGGAUUGCGGUGGCCUAUGCGCAUUUCGUCACCUGCUAUCGGGUCAAGGACUCCAAUGGCUGGCAACAGGUUUUCACCUCGCCACACAUCGAUGCAGCCAUCGAGCGCAUCGCCAUUAACUCCAAGGUGAACACAUCUACGGCCGAGCCGAUGCCAAGUAAAAUGAUUGCCAUUUCCUAUGGCAGCCAGAUACGCUUGUGGAGCAUACAAGAGGGUGGCCACAAGUCCGACAUUGGCACCUUCAAUCUCAAUGUGCGUGUGGAGUACUUGUUCUUCAUUGGCAGCCAACUGGUGGCAUUGUCCUCCUCUGGCAAAAUUGGCGUCUGGCAUGCCAUGACGCAGCACUGGCAGAUACAAGAUCUGGUGCCAGUGCUCUCCUUUGACUCAGCAGGCUCCUUCUUGUUGCUCGGCUGCAACAACGGCUCCAUAUACUAUAUAGACAUGCAAAAGUUUCCGUUGCGGAUGAAGGACAACGAUUUGCUGGUUACCGAACUGUAUAAGGAUGUCAACAUGGACCCCAUCACAGCCAUAUCCGUUUAUCUAACGCCAAAGACGUCGAAUUUCAGCGGCAACUGGAUAGAGAUCGCCUACGGCACCAAAUCGGGCGCAGUGCGCAUCAUUGUCCAGCAUCCCGAAACGGCCGGGCAUGGUCCACAUCUAUUCGAGACAUUCUUUGUGCAUCAGAGCCCCAUAACAAAGGUCAUGCUGUCCGAGCGUUAUUUAGUUUCGGUGUGCAGCGAAUACCAUCAUGUACGCACCUGGAGCCUGACGCGUUUUCGCGGCAUGCUCUCCACACAGCCGGGCUCCACGCCGGAGGCUUCCUUCAAAAUUGUCUCACUGGAAGCGAUCGAUAGCAACUAUAGCUAUGCGGCGGGCAAUGAUUUCGGCCCCUACGGCGACUACGAUGACAUGAUAUUCGUGCAAAAGGUGGUGCCCGAGACGAAUCAGCUGUAUGUGCGUCAGGCCUCGAAUGGAGAGCGGGUCUGUGUCAUACGCUCUGUGGAUGGCUCGACCAUUUCGGCAUUCUGUGUGCACGAGUGUGAGGUGUCCUCACGAAUGGGAUCACGCUUUAUACUCACCGGCCAUUGCAAUGGCGCGAUACAAAUGUGGGACCUAACUACAGCACUGGCGCUGCAUUCAAAGGAUGAGCCGCAGCAGAAAACUUCAGGCGGACCCGACACAAACGAGCUUCUCCGCCUACUUGACCAGUGUGAAAUCAGCAAUUCAUCAUGCUCAACACCUUGUAUGUCACCGUGCCUAUCGGCUAUGGGAGGCGGCCUGGCCACCUCUAUAGCCCGCAUGAAGGCUAGUAACAUUGCGCUGCUGAAUCGAGAUCAGAGCCAGCAGCAUCAGCAGCAGCAGCAGACAAUCGCCAGCCAACCGCCGCCGCUGCCGCCGUCCUCAUUCCUGGCUCAGGCGCAGCAGCAACCAUUGCCAGCGCCGCCACAGGCAAUGCUUAUGAUGCCGCUGCAGCAACAGCUGCCAGCGGUUGCUGGCGUCGACUUGGACGCAGCGGCAAUGGCACAGSCAGCCGACGGCAUGAAUGAAUGAAACGUGGAAGCGGCUGUUUCGGCGCUUGUCGGGCGCGUUUCAUCGUUAAGAUUUCAUAGGUGUAACUUGAUCAUUGAUUAUCAAUACAUAUUCCUACAGUUUGUACUGUGCGCGUUCAUCUACUACGUGUGGCUGGUGCGAUCUCGCAUCGCCAACACCAUGAAGCAUUCGGACGCGGCGCGCACAGAUAUGGUGACGGCAGUGGAUUCCGGUGCUGCCGGCCCCAACUGACUGCAUCCGGCAUUUAGCUAAAUCAAAUAAUCUCUCAAAUACUGACAGAGGUAUAUACACAUA